CACGCCGAUAGAUGAUGUGCAACAAAAAUAUUUGUGAUCGCCACCUGUAGAGAGGGUUGGACGUGGAUUCCUCUCAGAUACCACGCACUCUAUGAAACUCUCAGACAAGAUCGCAGCACAUCCCGCCCACCGUCCGUUUUACACAUUCGAAUUCUUCCCUCCCCGUACAGACCAGGGAUUUGACAAUUUACUGACCCGCAUAUCUCGCCUCUCCAACCUCGAUCCGAUAGCUAUCAGCGUUACAUGGGGCGCAGGUGGAUCGACAAAGGACAGAAGCCUUGACCUAGCCGGGAUCACACAAGCAGAUUAUGGAAUAGAUACCAUCCUUCAUCUCACCUGCACAAACAUGGUGCCAGGCCUGGUCGACGACGCAUUGCGUACAGCUAAGGCCCGCGGAAUACAAAAUAUCCUUGCACUUCGUGGUGAUCCUCCCCGCGGGCAGGAACAUUGGACGCCCAUAGACUCCCGUUUCAGUCAUGGUGUGGAUCUUGUCAAAUAUAUACGCUCCUCGCCGGAAUUCUCUCCUCACUUCUGUAUUGGUGUGGCAGCCUACCCGGAAGGGCACCCGGACAACCAAACUGACGAUGACGGAGACUUUGAUGUCCUCAAAGAGAAGGUAGAAGCCGGGGCUGAUUUCAUCGUGACACAACUAUUUUACGACGCCGACCGCUUUUUGCACUGGCUCGAAAGAGUCCGUCGAGAAGGUAUCAGUGUACCCAUUAUACCUGGUGUGAUGCCCAUACCGACAUACUCUUCUUUCCUACGGGUGGUGAACCUGUGCAGAAUUCAGGUUCCACCAUCCAUAAUGAUAGACCUGGAGCCCAUUCGUCACGAUGAUCAACUUGUAAAAGAAUAUGGAAUACGGCUUGCAGUCGAUAUCAUUCUCAAGGUCACCGGUAACGGAGAUAUUCGUGGUGUCCACUUCUGUACGCUUAACUUAGAGAAAAGCGUACAGCUCGUCCUGGAACGUCUUAAAUGGGCUGGUGGCAGUCCGACUACGAGGAAUAAAUUGAUUGCAGAUUCCCCCGUUCCUCUUCCACCAAUCUCCGAACUUGUCGUCACCCCGACUACUGCAACUAGCGACGCAGCAGCAGCCUUGACUUCCAAAACAACAGUGGAGAUUGAACCGCCUGGGCGGGGCGAGAUAAACAACGCCGCGACAUGGGAUGACUUUCCAAAUGGCCGGUUUGGGGACUACAAGAGCCCUGCCUUCGGUGCUCAAGACCAGUGGGGCGGCCUUGGGCUUUCCGUUCACCCUGUGCAUCCCGACUGGGGGAAUCCUGCAACAGCGGAGGAAUUAACUGACCUGUUCCUGCGGCAUUUGGACUCAAAAGCAGCCUCGACGCCGUUUUCGUCGUCUCCUCUGUCUGCCGAGUCGCAGACAAUUUUGCACCAGCUGAAAGCUUUAACUAGGGGAGGGUUGUGGACCGUUUGUUCCCAGCCAGCAGUGGACACCCUACCAUCUACGGACGAAAAUUUUGGCUGGGGUCCGCGUGAUGGUUAUGUUUCCCAAAAGGCAUUUAUAGAAUUCUUUUGCACCGAGGAGGUUGUCGAUAAAAUCGAGAAGAAGACACAGCUGAGCGGAGGAGGAUCAGUUCAUUACUUCGCUGCCAACCUUCAGGGCGAUUUCAGAACCAAUGUCCCAGAAGAUGCGCGCAAUGCGGUAACGUGGGGCGUAUUCCCUGGAAAGGAAAUUGUGCAGACAACGAUAAUUGAGCGGGAAUCAUUUCUGACUUGGAAGGAGGAAGCAUUUUCGAUAUGGACUGAAUGGGCAUCAUUUUAUCCUCCAGGAUCUGAUCAAAGGACAAUGUUAGAUGAGGUCCGCAGAACCCGUUGGUUGAUGAGUGUUCUCCACCACAACUUCAAGAAUCCCGGAGCCCUGUGGGAUUUCCUGGUCGAUUUUUACUCGUAGAACCAAGCAGUAGUUGUGAUUCCUGUGUUUUACACGACACGUCAUUUCCACGAAAUAAGCACCGCUGCAUUACUAGUCAUCGCCACCCGACAAACCUCGAAUCCCCCAAGUACAUGACAUAUGUACAUACAUACGUCUUGAACCUAUGGUUUGGCU